AUGAACUGCGAUGAAGAUAUACACUAUGAAGAACUCCAAGACGUUCCUGAUGAAGUUCGUACACGGUUGUCAGCGGGGGCAGGAGGUAACGUCAAUCUCUGGAAGUAUAUAGAUCAGAACAACGUUACAGGUGUCAACCUUCUCAAUCCCGAUUCAGCACCUUGGGUCAUUAAGACUUGGGAUCAAAGAUUAGAUGAAGAGAAAUUAGUAGAAUCGGGAGUUGAUGAUGAUCUGAUCCUUCAUAUACCAUUCACAUCAUCUCUACGACUUCGUACUCUUCUACUACUCCCUCCUCCCCCUUCUCACCCACAUCGAUCAUCCCGUUUGAGAAUAUACGUAAACUUACCUCAUUGUCCAGAUUUCGUAGAGUUGGAAGGAAUGAGAGCUGUAAUGGAUUUAGAUGUAUCUCAACCUCUGAGAGAAAACAGAGGAGCGGAUGGAAGAAGAGAUAUUGAAGAAUGGGGAUUAAAAGUUCAAAAGAUGGCAAGUGUACAUAGUGUUACUUUAUUAUUUUCCGAAGCAAUCACAUCACGUCGUUCUGCAAUAUACUACGUCGGAUUCAAAGGUGACGCCAAACAAUUACUCAUGGAUAUUUCAAAACUCGGCCAGGUAGCAGCAGAAGAUAAAGCGGAUAAUCCAGUGGAUGAAGUGACGGAGAAGCGGGCUGCGGGGAAUACGACCAUUCGUUGA